UUCUAGAAAAACUGCCCCAAAUACGCGGCGGCGCCCUGACAUUCUCUCCCCCUGACCUCUGUCGGCCCGACGAGAUUUACCAGCAGCUGUUUGACGCUCACUAUGACUGGGCACGUGGCGACCGAGUCAAGACGCUAAGUCCCGAGUAGCAGUCUGGGCUUUCCUUGGCCCUUUACAUUCAUUUUCCCAGCAGUGAAGGAGUCUGGGGAACGUGGAGAAGCGUUUGCGGUGCGACUAUAAGAAACCCCAGAUUCCCCAGAUUCUCUCCGGCCUGUCACUCAGUCACAAACCAGUCGCACUCUCUUCAUCCCCAACCUCUCCUCUCUGUUCGCCUAGACUCUUGUCUCCAGCGCUUCUCCCACAGUUGUCUAUUUGUUUUGACAAUCUGCUGCUGCACAGACUAAACGGCAGCCAACAACGCCAUGGCUUCGUCGCCCAAAGUCUCCCCGACUCAUGCCGAGGAUGUGGUAGGCUCAGUGCCUGCACUCGGCGCCCAGGAAUGGGACGUCGACAAGGCUGAUGCGCGAGAUGCCACUGAACUCGAGCACAGCCUCACCUUGCGCGACAGUUUCCGGCUCUACCCCAAGGCCAUUGGCUUCUCCCUGCUCUUCUCGACCGCCAUUAUCAUGGAAGGAUAUGACCUGUCUCUCCUCGGAAGUUUCUACGGUUAUGACGCCUUCAAGAACAAGUUUGGCGACCAGGUUGACUCGGACGGAAACAAAAUCAUCUCAGCUGAUUGGCAGACAUACAUCCAGGUGGGUGGCAUGUGUGGCCAAAUCAUCGGUCUCUACCUCAACGGAUGGGUCUCAGACGCCAUUGGCUACAAGAAAACAAUGAUGGCCUCCCAAUUCCUCAUGAUUGGCCUCAUUUUCUUCCCCUUCUUCGCGCCCAACCUCCCAACGCUCCUCGCAGGAAACAUUAUGCUCGGUAUUCCGUGGGGUGUUUUCCAGACCAUUACGCUCGCCUACGCCUCUGAUAUCGCGCCUGUCAUCCUUCGUCCCUACCUGACUGCCUACGUCAACCUCUGCUGGGUUAUCGGUCAGCUUAUUGCGGCCGGCGUGCUCCGCGGCUUCAGUCCUAUGGGCGGCGAUUGGUCUUACCGCAUCCCCUUCGCCCUCCAGUGGGCGUGGCCGCCGUUUAUUAUCCUCGGUACCCUAUUCGCACCUGAGUCCCCGUGGUGGCUUGUUCGAAAGGGACGGUUCGACGAUGCGAGACGCGCUGUUCUGAAGCUUGUCUCCCAGUGCGAUAUUCCCUUCAACGCCGAUGCCCAGGUGGCCAUGCUUAAGGCUACCAACGACCUGGAGUUGGAGCACUCCGCUGGAAUGAACUACUGGCAUUGCUUUAUGCGCAGCGACUUGCGCCGAACUGAAAUCGCCUCCAUCAGCUACACUGCCCAGGCGAUGUGCGGUAGCGUCCUGAUGGGCUACUCCGUCCAGUUCUAUCUGGAAGCCGGCCUCUCACCCGAAAAGGCCCUGGACUUUAACGUCUUGCAAUAUUCCGUCGGCGCUAUUGGAGUUAUCCUCUCUUGGUUCUGGAUGUCGCGCUUUGGUCGUCGCACUAUCUAUCUCGUUGGCAUGGGCUCGCUCUUUGUCGUCCUCCUUGUCGUCGGGGCCCUCGGCUUCGUGGACCAGUCCAACUCCAGUGUCGGCUGGGCCAUUGGUAGCCUGCUUGUCUUCUAUACAUUUUUGUAUGAUAUGGCAAUUGGACCCAUCUGCUACACUGUCGUCGCAGAAAUUCCUUCUACCCGGCUGAAGGCCAAGACCAUCGUCCUUGCCCGCAACUUCAACAACAUGGCUGGCUUGGUUAACAACACAUUGAUGCCUCGUAUGCUGGGCCGUAACUCUUGGAACUGGGGCGCAAAAUCCGGUCUUUUCUGGGCUGCUUGGUGUCUCAUCAUCUUCAUCUGGGCCUUUUUCCGUCUGCCCGAGACCAAGGACCGUACAUAUGGUGAGCUUGACCUUCUUUUCAAGCAUGAAGUCAACACACGCAAGUUUGCAAGCACCCAGGUCGACCAAUUCCCGACAAGCGGCCAAGAGACAGAGAAGGUCCAGAAUUAAUGGUGGGUAGGAGGGGUAGCUGGCUGUGACGAGCAUCCGUCUUAAGUCCUUCAAUAACCGGAUGUCAGAAGAUGGACGCUGGAUCACACACAGAAUUGAUUUGGUCAAUCUUGACCCGUUUUAGCUUAGUAACUAAGUAGAUACUCAAGAAACUGUUUUAUAGAAACGCCAUUAAUUCCAAUGCAAUAGUCAAGUGGACCGGUCAGGAUAUAC